GGAUUGUAGCACAGCAGCCAGGAAGAGUGACAAGCAGUGAAUCACACUACCAAUGUGUUAUUGCUUGGGCAGCACGGUGACUUAGCUCCUGAGAGAUUGCUCUGCUGCACAGCCAGCAUGCUUUCUGCAGAAGCUGGGAGCUGGCAGAAAAAUGUUACUUGUGAGAGUUCGAUAGACAUGGAGCUAUUUCUACAUUAUUCCCUUAUUCCAUCAUGUGCCAUCAUUUUGGUGCUUUCCUUCCUGGAAAGAAGAGUGAACAGGAGGCCAAUAGAUGAGAAUUUGCAUCUCCUCAAUGGGCGCUUCGGAAUUGUGAUCCCGUUGGAUUUUGUUGGUACGUUCACCAACCGAUGGUCAUUUGGUUUUGCAUUCGGAGCUACUGCCAAUAAGGUUAUGUUCCUGUUCUCGGAGGGUUACCUGUCAUGGCGCAUGCCCAAAUGGGCCCAAGCCAUCGUGCUCCUGGUGGGGGGCAUUGAAGUGGGUCUCUCCUAUUUCCCUCUCUUCGCCUGCCUCUCGACAGAUUUCAAGGUCGUAGGGUCGGCGCUGGGAUUCUCCUAUACUUUCAUUUGGUUCGUAGUCACAGUUGCAUGCAUUGUGCAGUGCCCACAUGGACAAGUGGUUGGAGAAUAUGAGAAGAUUCUUUUUUAUUGGCCUUCCCUCUUGUGCCUGGUCUUCUUGUUGGGCCGGUUUGUGCACAUGUUCGUGAAAGGCAUGAGGGCUCACUUACACCAGGAGGUGCCAAAGGAGGACAAACAUUUCCUGGAGGCACAUCUGGCCCAGCAUGUCAAGCAGCUAUUCCAGAAGCUCCCACAGCAGCCUCUUUGUCCAUCUCUGAACAGGCAGGCUCAGAAAUCUUGGUUCCAGCGGAAAGUGUAUGAAUGGGACCCAUGCUUCCAGUUCCCUGGAAGAAUGAUCUGCACUUCUGUGCUGUCCUUAAUCUGCCUGUACAUUUUUAUCAUUAUUGAGUUUUACAUUUACAAACAUGUCUCUCAUGAACUGGAGAUACUGGAGGGGAGUUUUGAGGAACUUGGUGCUUCCAUCAAUACCUCAGAAGUACUUAAACCAGCUGUCCUGAAGAUGAAAGAGCUUAUUAAUGUCACCCAAGGUGCUUGGAUUUUCACUAUUUUCUCUGCCUUGCUGACAUGCGUGAGCUACGUGUUUCACAUCUUAGCCUGCUACAGAAAACACAUGAAGCGACUGUGGGCUGGAAAGAAAGAUUUCCUUCCAUUGAUGUCACGCCAUCCUUCUUCCUCUCAGAGUGUUGCAGCCAUAGCAAGAUACUCUGGUUGGCAAAUUGCAUACAUCCUAUGGGGAUACCUGAUAAUCCAUGUUGUGCAGUGCCUGUUUGGCGUCCUAAUUGUAUACAGUUUUGUUCUACCAAUAAAGCAUGGCCACGGACUGGAAAUGGCAAAAGGCUUGGGAAUCGGCGCACUCACCAUUGGAAUUGUCGUAGGGUUCAUGAUAUUGCAGAUCCAGAUUGCUGCAAGCUUCUUCCUUCAGCCAAAGAUCAGGCCAGAAGAUAAGCAGAAGCCGUUAGCACUCAAUAACAGGAAAGCUUUCCACAACUUCAAUUACUUUCUGUUCUUCUACAAUGUGCUCCUGGGCCUGGGGGCUUGUUUGUUCCGCCUCCUUUGUAGUUUCAUCCUGGGCACCUGGCUGAUUGCACGGAUAGACAGGACAAUCAUGCAGAAAGGGUAUGAAGCUGCUGACAUAGGGUUCAAGACAUGGAUUGGCAUGAUAUUUAUGGACCACCACCAUACCAACCCCACCCUCCUUAGCUUCUGUCACAUUCUCCUGACCAGGAACACUGAGAAGAAAUUACGCAGAUCAACCAAAUACAGUUACUUCAAAAAUGCAUCAGAAUCCAAAGUGUCGAACACAACGAAGACAAGGUGGCUGCUGCUCUACACUCUCCUGAACAACUCUCAGCUCGCUGCCCUCAGGAAGCAUAAACUGCAGUCCGGCUCCAGGAACGCUUUGCAGAAUUGCCGAACCUAACUUGUUGCGCAUGUAGAGUGUGGGAGACCAGGGGACUCUUGCACCAAAGGUGGCUGCCUUUGGGUCUGGGAAAAGUCAGCUCUCUGUUAGGACUUGAUUUUCUCAACGGCUGUCUUGAACACACAGAUCACGUGCUAGUCUUUUCUCAUUUUGUCCACUA